UACCCCCAAGCUCUAGUGUAGUUCCGUCCCUGAGUGUAGUUGUUAUCUUUAAAGCAUACAUCACUGAGUUUUUCCUUUGCACACUAUCUGUUCAAUAAAAUGCCUAUGUGAAAAUAUUCCCUGUUUAUAUUAAUUUUCAGUUCAGCAAAUUCCUGGGCAGCCUACUACAGGUAGGAACAUGGAAAAUAGCAAAUGAAAUACCUGGAAGAAUGGAGAUGAUUCUAAUUUCAGAAUUGCUCAAGACGAUCAGAGCAUGAUUUCUAUUGAAAAGAUGACUGCCCUACUAUAUAUGAUGCACUCACGAAGUUAUGUCUUAAAUUUCAAAAAGAUUUGGAUGGGCAUAAGAGUGAAUGUGGUUUGCUUAACAUGGAUAAUCUGGCUAAUCUUCUAUUAUACAAAACGAAGUGGAAUUGCUGCCACUUUUCCCGCCCAUUUCGCCGGGUCAAAAACGGGUCAAGUAUGUGAAAAUCGAAUUUUUGAGGAUUGGGUCCACAUCAGUUGACCAGAAUGCUUUUAGUUCAAAUUUUCGGCCUUUUUUCUCAAUUGAAAACGUGUUGCUGUGAACAAAUUUAUUUCUGAGGUGGUCAAACACAUUUAAUGCGGGUGGUUGAGCAUUUAAUGAGUUAUUGGGUGGACUGAAGAUUGUUACACGCCGGGUAAUUCAGUUUCAUUGCAAACCCUAAAUUUUGAAUUCCCUAUAUAUACGGAGUACUAAGUAAAUCUCAUUUCAAACUCACCACCACACCAUGACAACAAGCAAGGAAAACACUCGGCCUAAUAAUAGUGAUUUGUAUUCCAUGAUAAAGGAAGUUGACCUCACUAGGUCAACUUGGGUUAUCAGAGUACGGGUGGUAGGAGCUUAUGAGGUUCCAUCUCAUUCCAAAGGAGGUGCAAGGCUGAAAGUAGUUUUUCACGAUGCGGAGGUAAUUCAACAUUCGUUUAUGCAUUUUAAAUUGAUACUCAAGCAUUUAAAUUCUCAAAAAUUCAACUUUAUAACACUUAUUCAAGUAGCAUUGCAGGGGGACCGUAUUCAUGCAGUCAUAAAAAGGCCGUUCACGCAUCUGUAUAGAACCAAACUGGUGGAAAACCAAUGUUUCAGAGUCAAGAACUUUUUAGUUCUAGAUAACUAUUACAACUACAAAAUGAGAUUGUAAUAUUAUCAACCUAUGACUUACAAUGCUUUUAAAAAACCUUUUGGUGUUUUCGAUUUUGCUAUGUCUAUUGGUUUGCAAGUUAGGGGUGACUAACGUUCACAUACAAAGUUAGAAACAUUUUAGCAGAACUACAACGCAUGAAUGGAGGAAGCCACAAAGAUUGUGAUAUGUAAGAACGAGACACACAGAUGGCAUGGUUGAAUCACGUUGUGUGAUUGAAAUUAUAGGCAACAAAUUCUUUAGAAUUGUAAUAUUCGUAGUAUUUGUAAUUUGUAAUCAGAAAAGGCAUUUACAUGACUAAAAAUGUAACAUUCGGUUUUUAUAAUAAAGUUGAGACAUUUUAUGUUA